AUGUGUUGGAUAGUUUCUGUGGCAUGUUUACACAAUCACCUAGAAUCUUAUCUACUGAAUUCAUUAUCAUUACGAAUUGCUGAAUCGGCACCGCUCAAAACACAUAAAUAUUUUCGUGUUGCUGUUCCUCAAGCAUUAACUGGUCAAACACUUGUUGCCUUUUUACAGGAAUUGAUGUCAUUUGACGAUGCGGCUGAUGCAUUACAUUUGGCGACACUUCUCCUUCAACAUGGCUAUUUGUUUCCAGUUAUUGAACAUUCCCUUGUUGUUAAAGAUGAUAAUACAUUAUAUAGGCUUCAAUUACCUUAUUUUUGGCCAUCACAUGCUACUAACACCGAUAAUGUAGAAUAUGCCAUCUACCUAAAUAAACGAUUAAUGCGAAACGAAUUGAGGCAUGGUCUUGAAGAGGAUGAAGUUGAAGCAUAUAACAAAUUAUUAGAAUUAUUAGGUCAUAUGUGGGGAUUUAUAACGAUGCAGGCCGAAAUGCAGCUUAAAAUACAAAAGGAAAAAAAGAAAAGUGAUAAGGUAGUUUAUGAUAGUGAAGAGAGAGCUUUUUGGAGAACUCGCCGGCCUGGUCAGGCCAAUUGUCUUGAACAACAUAUUCAGAAAGUUGAAAAGAAGCUACGAAAAUGUACGGCGGCAGGUUAUAAAAAAGAGUUAGAGCGGCUGAAAUUUUUUCUUAAGACGAAACCAUGGCUGAAAGCGCUCAAAGCCAGUGAAACAAUGGUUUGUUGGUGUGAACAGUUUUAUGAUUAUGAUCCUUUUCUUACGACGCCACAACCAAGCAAUCCUUGGAUAUCAGAUGAUAUCACUUUAUGGGUGCUAAAUACUGAUUCGUAA